GAAAACCAGGACAACUCCUCAUCCAGGGAACGAAAAAAAAGAAAAACAGGCAGGGAGACGGUGGGGUGGAGUACAGGAAGCUGGUUGAACAUGGGCGAAAUUUAAUCUAAUAACGACAUAAAUCACAGUUUCCAUUUCUUCCAUAUUUUUACGGAACAAGACUGCGGAGAUUUGUGGAAUUUUUACUGGAUUGCUUUGGAGAUUUAGGCGAACAGCGAGGAGAAGAUGUCUCGGGGAGUGAUCCAGCCCAGCCAGCAGAAACUGGCAGAAAAACUCACCAUCCUCAACGACAGAGGCAUCGGGAUGCUGACCCGUGUUUACAAUAUCAAAAAGCAAGGACAAGUUUGGAAGGCAUGUGGCGACCCCAAGGCUAAGCCCUCCUAUCUCGUCGAUAAGAACUUGGAGUCUGCGGUUAAAUUUAUUGUCAGGAAGUUUCCUGCAGUGGAGACGCGGAAUAACAACCAACAGCUGGCCCAGCUGCAGAAGGAGAAGUCAGAGAUUCUGAAGAACCUGGCUCUCUAUUAUUUUACCUUCGUCGAUGUCAUGGAAUUCAAGGAUCAUGUGUGUGAGCUGCUGAACACCAUUGAUGCCUGCCAGGUCUUCUUUGACAUUACGGUGAAUUUUGACCUGACUAAGAACUACCUGGAUCUGGUGGUAACAUACACUACUCUGAUGAUAAUACUUUCUCGCAUAGAGGAGAGGAAAGCCAUCAUAGGGCUUUACAACUAUGCCCACGAGAUGACGCAUGGAGCCAGUGACCGGGAGUACCCCAGGUUGGGCCAAAUGAUUGUGGAUUAUGAGAACCCUUUGAAGAAGAUGAUGGAGGAGUUUGUUCCACAUGGAAAGACUGCUCUGACUUCCUCGCUCUCUCUGGCUGCCUACAGAGGCUCCAUGCACAGAGAGAGGCGCAAGUUCCUCAGAUCAGCUCUGAAAGAGCUCGCCACUGUUUUAGCUGACCAACCUGGACUGCUUGGUCCAAAGGCGCUGUUUGUGUUCAUGGCGCUGUCAUUCGCCCGUGAUGAGAUCAUCUGGCUGCUUCGACACGCAGACAACAUCCAGAAGAAAAGCACAGAUGAUUUCAUAGACAAACACAUAGCUGAGCUGAUCUUCUACAUGGAGGAGCUCAGAGCUCAUGUCAGGAAGUACGGCCCUGUGAUGCAGCGAUACUACGUCCAGUACCUGUCUGGGUUUGAUGCUGUGGUGCUGAAUGAACUGGUUCAGGAUGGAGAAGUGUUUGACUUCAGAGGCAUGAGACUGGAUUGGUUCAGACUGCAGGCCUACACAAGCGUCUCUAAAGCCAGUCUCGGUUUAGCCGAUCACAAAGAGCUCGGUAAAAUGAUGAACACCAUCAUCUUCCACACAAAGAUGGUGGACUCUCUGGUGGAGAUGCUUGUGGAGACAUCAGACCUGUCUAUUUUCUGCUUCUACAGCCGUGCAUUUGAGAAGAUGUUUCAGCAGUGCUUGGAGCUUCCCUCCCAGAGCCGCCACUCAGUCUGUUUCCCUCUGCUUUGUACACACUUUAUGUCCUGUACACAUGAGCUCUGUCCCGAGGAGCGUCACCACAUAGGGGAUCGAAGCCUGUCGUUGUGCAACAUGUUUUUGGACGAAAUGGCCAAACAGGCCAGAAACCUGAUCACGGACAUCUGCACCGAGCAGUGUACGCUCAGUGACCAGCUGCUUCCCAAGCACUGCGCAAAAACCAUCAGCCAAGCUGUGAACAAGAAGAGCAAGAAGGCGACGGGGAAGAAAGGCGAGCCGGAGAGGGAGAAACCAGGCGUGGAGAGCAUGAGGAAGAACAGACUGCUGGUCACCAAUCUGGAUAAACUCCACACCGCCUUAUCUGAACUCUGCUUCUCCAUCAACUACGUUCCCAACCUGAUUGUGUGGGAGCACACUUUCACGCCGAGGGAGUACCUCACCUCGCACCUGGAGAUCCGAUUUACCAAGUCCAUAGUGGGGAUGACCAUGUACAACCAGGCUACUCAGGAGAUAGCCAAGCCCAGCGAGCUGCUGACGAGCGUCCGAGCAUACAUGACCGUGCUGCAGUCCAUAGAGAACUACGUCACCAUCGACAUCACACGAGUUUUCAACAACGUCCUCCUGCAGCAGACGCAGCACCUGGACAGCCACGGAGAGCCCACCAUCACCAGUUUAUACACAAACUGGUACUUGGAAACGUUGCUCCGCCAGGUCAGUAACGGACACAUCGCCUACUUCCCCGCCAUGAAGGCUUUCGUCAACCUGCCCACUGAGAACGAACUAACUUUCAAUGCUGAAGAAUACUCUGAUAUCUCUGAGAUGCGUUCCCUGUCAGAGCUCUUGGGCCCGUAUGGUAUGAAGUUUCUUAGUGAGAGCCUGAUGUGGCACAUCUCAUCUCAGGUUGCUGAGCUGAAGAAACUGGUGGUAGAAAACAUGGAGGUGUUGACCCAGAUGAGGACGAGCUUCGACAAACCAGACCACAUGGCUGCGCUCUUCAAGAAACUCACCUCUGUGGACAGCGUUUUGAAGAGAAUGACCAUCAUUGGGGUCAUUUUGUCCUUCCGCUCGCUCGCUCAGGAGGCUCUGAGAGACGUUUUGUCCUGUCACAUUCCUUUCCUGGUCAGCUCAGUGGAGGAUUUCAAGGACCACAUUCCCCGAGAGACGGACAUGAAGGUGGCCAUGAACGUUUACGAGCUGUCCUCAGCAGCAGGUUUACCCUGUGAGAUCGACCCGGCUCUGGUGGUGGCUCUGUCCUCUCAAAAGAGCGAGAACAUCAGCCCAGAGGAGGAGUAUAAGAUCGCCUGUCUGCUGAUGGUCUUUGUGGCAGUUUCGUUGCCAACACUUGCCAGCAACGUGAUGUCGCAGUACAGCCCAGCCAUCGAAGGCCACUGUAACAACAUCCACUGCCUGGCCAAAGCAAUCAACCAGAUCGCUGCUGCUCUCUUCACCAUCCACAAGGGAAGCAUAGAGGACCGCCUCAAAGAGUUCCUGGCUCUGGCCUCAUCCAGCCUGCUGAAGAUCGGUCAGGAAACGGACAAGAUGACGACGCGUAACAGAGAAUCUGUCUACCUGCUGCUGGACAUGAUUGUGCAGGAGUCUCCCUUCCUCACCAUGGACCUGCUGGAGUCCUGUUUCCCUUACGUCCUGUUGCGAAACGCCUACCACGCCGUCUACAAACAGAGCAUCAGCGCUAAUGCAUAGACACACACACAGACACUAACCACACAAAGGCAUACCUUAUAGUCUGCUAUUGAAUGGGGGUACAAACAAAACAAAUACACACUACCAGACUACACUAAAUCCAAACUAAACACACUAAUCUAUGCCUACAAAGCCUCAGCGUGUUCGGACAAAAAAAGCAACACUGUCGGCAUUUAACAUUAAACGAGUAGCAUUUAAAACAAAUCCACUCAAAAUAUAUAAGAAGAGCGUACGAAACACAAGCACUCGAAUUAAAAAGAGGGAAAAAACACAACAUAUGAACAGAAACACACGAGCUGGAUGAAGUUGGGGGAUCAGUGUCUUUAUUUUAAUCGUACCGUUUCCAUGAUGUUGCCAGGGACCACGACCAUAGCAACACAAAAAAUACAUAAUGUUUGGUUGGUAUAAAAGAACAAAAGUAUAAAUAUAUAGUAUAUAUAUAUAGUUGACACUAAAAUAUUUUUUUCUCCUUUGUUUUUUUUUGUUUGUUUUUUUAAUUUUGCAAUGAAAGUUUUGAGAACUUUAGUGGCCAGCUGAUAACUACUAUGUGGUGAUGGAUUUUUGGAUGCUUACUUUGAGAAUGCAAAUGAUUCUGAUGUUUUUGUGGGGUUUAUUAUUAUUCUUAUUAUAUUUCUUUUAUGGAUGCGGGGUGAGGAUUCCUGUGUUGAUACUGAAAGACACGUUGCUCGUUAAUCUGAGUUUACACACGCGUACAGAUACACAAUCCCGAGCAGAUCUACGGUUCCAAACACUAAUCUUCGACCAUUUCCUAGCAAACAAACAAACACACGCACACACACACACACAUAUUCAGACAGACACACACUUGUAUAACAUGGUGAUGUUUUCUUUCUUUUUUUUCUAGCUAGUCGUAACAUGAACAUUUUGUGGGUAAAGAUAUAAUAUCUGUAUUCUACUUUGAUGUGAAGCUGUCUGUUUUUAAUGUUUAUGUUUUGUUACUUUUAUGACGACGACAAUGACGAUUUGCCAAAUGUGUUGACACUAAACAAAAGAAAAGUGUGUAUCAGGGCUUGGAAGGAUUGGAGUGUUGACAAGUGGUGAGAAAUGCCAUUUUUUGGGGGCGUUUUCAGUGUUUGACGCCAGCUCUGCGGCAGCUCUGUUAAACUCUUACAGUGGGAACAAGCAAAAGAAAACACUUGCAAGUAUUCCCCUCAGCUCCCCUGACUUACGCUGCAGUAGGUGCUACAUGUUGUCUGCGGUAGAGUAAAACUACAAAAUAACCCCUAAUCAGAACGAGUCCACUCGUGGCUCCUGGAAAGGAGCUUCGUUGUUCUUUUGAAGCCCUACUGAAGCAGCUGGGGGAAGCACGCCUUACUCAAAGGCACCUUAGCAGCAGCUGAUGAUAGCUGACCAUCUAUAGUCCAGUUAUAUAACUGUUUAACUUUAAUACUAAGGUCAUUUUAACCACCUAACACUAAUAAAAAAACAUAAGAUGAACUGGAGCUGCAAUAAAAAUAAACAAACAAUUAUUAUUCACCCUCAGUGCCGCUUUCACUGGAUUUGCAAAUUCUGGUCGAAGGGGCAUCCACCAAUGACUCUUACAUAUUUGCGACGGUUGUGUGGGACCUUAAAGGACAGAUGGACAACUUUUACAAAGUGCAGUCUGAUUUUUAUUUUCUUCCUCAAUCAGAGCACAGCAGGGGCUACGUAAUGAGACACAAACCUUACUCUCCUUAAGUUAGCCCUUUGCUAGUGUCAUACUAACCCCAGGGCUCUGUCUGAAGGUCAUUCUGCAUACUACUCAUGACUUUUAACCACUGCUGGAGUUAUUCUGCAAGUGGCUGCAAAGUGAAGUCAUAUUUACAGAAUGUAGCAGGAACACAGGAAAAUGUUCAAAGGGGUGUUUCUUCUGUGGCGAGUCGGUAGUUUGCAUUAUGAGCUUGUAAGGACAGAUCCGUGGACACAUUCUGCCAUUUGAUGUGGAAUGGUUGCUGUUUUACUUUAUAACUUUUUUUUUUUUUUUUUUUUUUUUGUGUUUCUGAUUCCAACUUGUAACUUAAAAUGACAUGAAUAAAAUAAACUUUAGGGCUGUGUCAGACCUGAA